CAGCGCAUCGGCCGCCGGGUGUAGAGCUCUCGCCGCGCGCCGCCGACCCAACUUAACGCCACCCGGGACUCGACUGUGGAUACGUUGGAGAUAUCUGGCCGGACCCGAAAACGCGAUUUUAGAAACACAACAACAACAACAACCACAACAACAACAACCAAAAAAAAAACGGUUCAUUUAUUCAGCCGCCUCUUCGAAGUGACUCGGAUUUAAUUUAAAAGUUGCAAAGUUUGUGAGGAACUCGUUUUAAAGGUGCUUCACUUUUCGACGCACCGUCAACUGAUCCAGAGACAGCUCACCGCCGCUCGCUCUCCCCGUGGGAGCUGUAAACCUCCGUUUGACCCCCAUCAUUUCUUUGCUUGUCUGUGUGGUGCCCAGCGCUCACCAGGCGGUCCCAGAGGGCGGGCACAGAGCCAUGGUAACUCACAGCAAAUUUAACUCCGCCAUGAGCAGCAGCCCCUUCGAACCCAACAUGCGGCUGCCUCAGCGUUACAAGACCUUCACCUCCAAGAUGCAAUACCAGAUGGUCCUGUCUACUGUCCACAAACUCCAGGAGAGUGGCUUUUACUGGGGCCCUAUCAGUGGCAAAGAGGCCAACGGCAUACUGUCAUCGGAGCCCAUCGGUACAUUCCUCAUCCGAGACAGCUCUGACAACCGACACCUCUUCACCCUCUGUGUCAAGACGGCAUCGGGCACAAAGAACCUGCGCAUCCAAUGUGACACGGGCCUGUUUUCUUUGCAGACAGACCCUAAGAGUAUUCAGUCGGUCCCUCGUUUUGACUGUGUACUCAAGCUUGUCCACUACUACAUGCCCCAGAGCAUUGGGGCCCUGUCCGUGGGGAACACACGCAGUGGAAAUAUGUACUACAUCUACUCCGGAGGGGAAAAGAUCCCUCUUGAACUCAUAAAGCCUCUCCCCUCUAGCCUGUCUAGCCUCCAGCACUUAUGCAGGAAAACGGUUAACGGACACUUGGACAUUUCGACUAACAGAGACCAGCUCCCACGUCCGCUCAAAGAUUUCCUCCAGGAGUAUGAUGCUCCUAUCUAGAGACCUCUAGACCGCUGCUCCUGAGGAGCAGAGACUUAACUGUGUGAUGAGGGAGGUCAGUGGUUGCCAAAGAGCCAUGUUCCCAGCGAGUGGGUUGCUAUGUGCUGGCAGUGUCUGUUCCUGUGGAGUGGCGAUGAAGCAAAACCGGUCAUCAGAAAGUCAGGGAAGACACUCGGUGUACGUAGAUGUGAUAUGAUUGGGUCCUGUGCCCUUCGAGAAGGAACUUUUGUCCCGGUGAACUGUGUUAAACAGGUCAUGUGUAGUUCCCCGCAGAUAAGUAGGCAUUAGUCACUCUAGCACCUCAUGCCAAGAAAGAACAGUCGGGUCGGGGACUGAUCCAUGGGACGGCCUCAAGACAAAGAACACUGCUUAAAGAUUGCAUGGAAGAAAGCUAACCACAAUCCUCCUCUCCCUUCCUGUAUGACACAGAAAUUUGCAAAAACUCGAACGAGGCCCGCAGCCAGCUGUCUAGACUCUGACGCACCGAUUCCCCCUCCACUGCUGCUAAUCUUGGUGCUAUGGGACUGACAGGCACACACAUCAAGAGAUUGUCUCUUACUAUGACUGAACUGGCUUUGCUAUUAUACAUGUUUGACCAGCAUGCUCUGUCAUCCCAAACUUUCUGACCAGACAUGCUUAGAAAUUCACACACGAGCAAAUGCUCCGCUUAGAAGUGCACAUUGUGAACAUUAUAGAGUGAACGUCUGGGUCUGCAAUGACAGGAGAUGACUGAACUCUUUCCUCUUAAUGUUACUGAUCUAUAAAGUGUAUGAAAACCAAAUGGAGGCCUUUUUUUAAUGGGAAAGUGUGGGGGGGGUGUAUUUCUGGUAGUUUGUUUCUUGGAGAAGUUUAUGCACAAACUUGUCCAAACCUGCAAGUGUUUUACUAGUGGGAACACGUGUGUGUGAAUGUCAAAUCCGAUUGGACGUUACUUGAGAGAACAUUAUCACUGCUUUAUAGUGUUUGGGCAAAUUGAACCCCCAAAUCCUACAACAGUAAGACUUUGUUUUAUCUUAAUCGGCAAGUAAAGUUUUGCUUGCUUCUAGUAGUAUUAGUGGCAAAGACAGGAUGGCAAGUGAAUGUAUGAAAAUUAAUCUCUCUUCGCCUAACAUGGAGAGAACCAAGGCUUGUCUUAAACUCCUUCCUUAAAUAAGACAAUGUUUACAGAAGUAAAAAUGCAAAUCUGUUUUUCUUCCAUCUUUUAUAAAGAUAUAACAUUGCCAGCCAAGCUACUGGCUGUACAUGCUUUUGGACAGACGGAGCAAGCAUACUGAAACGACUUUGCACAUAUUUAUAUUUGAGUGAACAUUUCAAUAAUUUAUAAUAAAAGACCACUAUUUUUGUAUAAAAUAUGUCUCUUGUUUGCCUUCUUCACUGUGGAUAAAUUAAAGACUAUGGGGUAAAAGAUCCCAUCUGGGUUAAGAUCA